AUGACUAUUUCACUCUUGCCUUGGCUGGUGCUUGGAGAUUUCAAUGAUAUUUUACAUAAGGAUGAGAGGAUUGGGGUGAAAGUAAAGUAUAGUAAGUCGGUGGCGUUUCAGCAAUGUAUAGAGAAGUGUAAUUUGGAGGAUGUCAAGUUCAUUGGAAAUUUCUUUACUUGGACUAACAAGCAGCAAGGAGAUGACAGAAUUUACUCUAAAAUUGAUAGAGUUUUGGCUAACCAGAGAUGGCUUGACCAUUAUACUGCAGCUGAAGUUAUUUUCUUGAAUGAAGGAAUGUUUGAUCAUUGCCCAGCCAUGUUGUUUGUUUAUCCUACUGUGGGAAAUGGUAAGAAGCCAUUCCGUUACUUUAAAAUGUGGGCCUCUGCUCCUGACUUUUUUGAACAGGUUAAACAUGAUUGGCAGGGAGUGGUGUUUGGAACCCCAAUGUACCGAGUUGUGAGGAAGUUAAAACGAUUAAAAAUCUUACUUAAGGAGCUGAACAGGAAGGGUUUUAAUGAGCUUCAUUCGGCUCAUAUCAAAGCUUUACAGGAUCUCAAAGAGUGCCAGGACCAUUUAAAAGAAGAUCUGCUGAAUGAGAGGUUGAUAGUUAAAGAAUCACAAGCUAGGAAAAACUACUCAGAGAUACACAAAUUAUAUUGUUCCUUUCUUCAUCAAAAAGCAAAAGUUAAAUGGAUGCAAGAAGGAGAUGAGAAUACAACAUUUUUUCAUGCUAGUCUUAGGGAUAGAAGAGCCCAAAAUAGAAUAUACUCAGUCAAAUCUGAAACAGGUGUUUGGGUAGACAAGCCAGAAGAAGUUUCUUCAGUUUUCCUUUCUUAUUAUCAAACUUUAUUGGGGUGCAAGCUGGAAAACAUAUUAUCAAUUAAUAAAAAUGUGGUUCGGCGUGGGCUGGUUGUGAAUGAUAUGCAAGCUAGGCCUCUGCUGGAGCAUUAUUCUAUGGAAGAGGUAAAGCAAACUGUAUUCUUUAUUCCUGGUAUAAGGGCUCCUGGACCGGAUGGAUAUUGUAGCUAUUUUUUCAGGACUGUUGGGAUAUUGUUGGGGCUGACAUGA